AUGGAUAUAGGAUUCGCUAGGAGCGAUGUCAUACGAGCGUUUGCAGAUAUUACUGAAUUAUCAAAUUUCGCGAAUGAGAAAGAAGUGCUAUUUUCUCUUCUAACGAAUUUCUGUGUUAAAGAUGUCGGAGAUCGAGCAGAUGAACAAGAAUAUGGAUGGGUAUUGAUUACACUUGAACUUAUCAAUCCUACGAAGGAUAACCACAGUUAUAAUCUUACAAACUUUGCCGAAUCCAUUGAAGGCGAAAAAAAUCCACAGAAUUAUAUCGAUGUUGUAAACUUUAUAAAGGAGGGCAUUGAAAAUCAAGAACGAUUCAAUUAUAUAACAUGGGACAAAUGGUGGUCGAUUAUGGAAAAACAAUGGGGAACACAUGCAGCACGUGAUCAACCGUUACUUUUAACAUUAUAUCAAUGUUUUAGGGAAGAUAAAGAUUAUUCUAGAAAAGCAGUUGAAAUGCAUAAACAUCUUUUACGUACUAUUCCUAAAUUCCAACCAAAUCAAUUAUCAUUUUCCAAUUUAUUGAACACUUUUACGAAUUACCAAUGCAUGCCUACAAAACAGAUUGCUGUAUUCGAACAAUAUUUACAAUCAUUCUGUUUCGAGAAAACAAACAAAACCAUACAAUGUCUAUUUGAUGCUGGAAUAACUUAUGAAAAUAUUUCUGAUAAAGAACGCGCAUUCCAAUGUUACAAAAAAAUUCUUGAACUAGAUCAAUCUAAUGAGUUCAGAAAGCACGAUGAAAUACAAAAGCGAAUCAAAAUAUUGAAAAAAACUUCUAAAGCAGAUCGAAUAGUGAACAAGGAACGUGUAAGCGCUGAUCAAGAUACUAAGAAAGAAGCUGCAAAAAUACCUGAAAUAAAUCAAAGGUCACGAUCAAAUCGUCGAAACAUGAACACUAGUACUGUGCACAAGCUGCCUAUUUUAAAUCGUAUACGAGAACUGAAGAAAUGUAUUCAUGAUCUUGACAAGUGGUAUGAUGCAGCUGACUCAAAAAUCAUUCUCCGUUUACAAAGUCAACCAAACUCGGACUUUUCGGUUAACGAUUAUCGGGUUCAGUUUUUCGUUGCUGUGCAAAAACAUAUAUCAUUAACUCCUGAGACAAUAGACGCAACGAAUCAUGUUUCUCUUACUCGUUGGCGUUAUAAAAAAUAUAUGUAUGUAUGGAUUUCGCUUAAAAAAAUGGAAGGAAUCUUAAAACUACAUAAAAAGAGAUUGGAAUGCAUUAGUGAAGUUAUUCUUCCUAGACUUGAACGGUUUCUAAAGAAGUUGACAGUGAUGAUUGUUACAACUAUAGUUUAUUUGUGUAUCGAACCAAGCACUGAGACAAUUAAUGUGAAGAAAAUGCCAUCUUUCGAUCUCAAAAAAGCAGAAAUGAGUGAACAACCUUGGUUCAAGAUUCUUAAUGAAAAUCUUCUACGUGAUAUUGAAGCACUUCCAGAAGAGACUUCAACUACUAAAUACACUUCUGUCGCUAUUCCAGAUGAUAAAAGGUUCGUUGAAGAGUCAUUUGCCGAUUUUUUAGCAAGCUUCCCAUGUAACCAUAAAACGCAUAUUUGA